AUGUCUGACGGUCUCAACGAUGCCCGUGCCAUGCGCAUUGCAGAGAUCAUGACCGACUUCCGCAACCUCCAACACUACCUCGUCCAGUUACGCGCCACUCCCACAGCAGAAGAGUAUUAUCUUGAGGGUUACUCUCUGCUACGACAAUGCACCAGCGAGGCACAGGCUAUCCUACAGACACCCUUUUCUGGCAGUGCCAGCACGGGCUCAGGGGAUCCGGAGGCAGAGAAGCAGCAACUGAGAAACAUUAUCACAGACGCCGCUGUGCGACGCUUCCAAUGCCAACGCGCUUACCUACGAGCCCACGCUGGCCUGCGGUGGAUGAACACCCGCAACAGCGUCUUGCGUGGCCAGAGGCCCAACGCGAGCCAUCUGGGUGCACUCCAGCAGGCUGAUGCUACGAUGAGAAAUGAACUCCUCGCAAUCAGCGAUGCCUAUGUCGAAAACACGCUGCGCGCCGCAGACGCCUCGCAGGGCAAGUGGCUCAAUGAAGAUCCUUCGCUGGCACAGAUCCAACAGAUACUUAUGACUCGACGUUGA